GGGAACACUGCUCAUCCUAUUGCGUAUUCUGAUUCCCAGACUUUCUGUUGAAAGCAGACGUCAGACAAGGAUAUCUGGAGCCCGCGGAGGUUGAAGGGAUUGUCUCAUCUGCCUACGGGAGACUACGGGCAUCUUUGUUUCAUAAGCUCGCUCAGUGUUGCGCUCGUUGACUCUAUGUGCUGUCAUCGACUGACGCGCGACGCUUUCCUCCACGAUGACCGAUGUCGAGGUUUUCCCUGCACUCGUUGAAGGGGCCACGCUCCGCAUCGUGCUGCGCCCCAGUGCACCAUCCUCGACCGAGGACGGAGUCUCCUUAUGUGCCCGCGUCACCCACACCUACAGCCCCUUUACCAUGUCUCCCGUCCUUCGUGUUUCCAUCGAUCCCUUACGGCCUUCGGCCCUUCCACCUUCCUCGUCACCCUUCCCCACUGAGGCGAUCCUCAAACUCUACGACCGACGCUGUCUCACCAACACCCGCGUCGAUUACGACGACGGCCGUCCCUGGAGCCUCGAUGAGGAGCGUGAACACUGGCAAUAUCUUGUCGAAGUCGAGCGAGGCGCAGCCAAAGUGGGCGACUUCGCGAGCCCGACAUACAUGUGGGACAACGACGUCUCCGACGGCGCAUUCGAAGCAUACCUUGCGUACACCGCGCCCGCGAUGUUUGCUGCCGAGCGCGCAGCGUAUGAAUGCCUAAAUGAACUCCAAGGGAAGGAGAUUCCGCGGUUGUACGGCGUCGUCGAAUGGGAGGUCGUGCCCGGGAUACUGAUCGAGUAUGUGUCGGGGCUGACGCUCAGGCAGCUCGUGCAGACGUGGCCCCGUCGCACGCCCACCCUGUCGAACGUGCUGUUGGCGCAUCUAUGCGACAGAGCCGUCGCCGUUGUCGACCAUAUGUCCGACUUUGACGUGCUCAACGAGGACGUUCGGCUCGAUAACUUCCUCAUCCGCGAGCCAUUCUUGGAGUUGGUAGAGUAUCCAGUGGUACUGGUUGAUCUUGCGCAGUGCAGGCUCCGCUGCGCGGAGGAGGACGAAGACGCGUGGGUCGCGGCCAAGUGGUCUCAGGACGAGACCGGCGCGGUCGGGUUUGUGUUGCUCAGCUUGGUGCAGGAGUGUGUGGGCAAGGACGUGUGGUCGUUCAAGAGAAGCUUGCGGUACUAUCGACCUUUGGAAGGCUAG